AUGAAUCAGUCGUACAGAGCGGGUCACCGGGUAGGCUCGGUGUUUGGCUCAGCCCAGCCGGAGGCGAGGCACCGCAACGGCCCCGGGAGCGCUCCCUAUGGAAACCAGCGUGGCAUUGUGAGGCGAGGCGCGGGCCCCCCCCCCGCCGCCACGCCGCCACCGCCGCCGCCGCCCCCCGGCCUCAAACCGCCCUCCUUCCUGGGCUACGGUCAGCCCGAUCGACCCCACUGCUACAGUCCGCAGAGGAGGCCGCAGCCCCCGGACGCCGCCCCCAGAACUCUGCGCUGCGCCAGCCCCAUCAGCGAUGGCGACGAGUUCGAGGCCCCGGCCGUCCAGCUGCCGCCCUCCCCGGGCGACCAGGAGCCGGAGCCCUUCCGGCCGCUGCGGGACGCGAGCAGGAACGGCUUCUCCCCCCACAGCCCGGACAGCUUCGGGCCCUGCUCCCCCAUCCCCAACGGCUACCUGCAUUUUGAGUCCACGCUGUUCGACAGCAGCGACAUCAAGGAGGAGGAGGAGGAGGAGGAGGAAGAGGAGGGCUCGCGGGACGGGAGCGAGGCCCUGGCGCCGUUUCUCCACCCGACAAACUCCAGCCGGGAACGGGAGCGAACUCUCCCCGAGAGCAAGAGCACACGCAGCUCUGGGACGGACAAAAAAACCUACAAGCCGACGGUCUUUAACCUAAUGUCCAAAACUAUAUCUGAGCUGAACCCCACACUAAGCCCCAGCGCGCUGCCCGAGAUCACUUUGAGAGACGGGUGGAGUUUGGGGGAGGAAUCGGACAGUGAAGUUGAACUUGUCUCUCCCGUUGACCCUGGACUUAUCUCGCCAGCUGGUACCAACUCUAAUUCCAACAGCCCGAAGAAAAAGCUCCCGCCUGCAGUCAAGUACUUGGACGGGGACUUGGUGUGGGCCAAGUUCAACAGACGGCCCUGGUGGCCCUGCCAGAUCACCUGCGACCCGGACCUGGGCAGUCACACCAAGAUGAAAGUUCCAAGUCCCCGUCCCUGUCGGAUGUAUUUCCUGGAGACAAUCGGGGAGGUUGUGGAGCAAUCCUGGGUCCUGGCGAGCGUCAUCCUUCCUUUUGAAGGAGGCCAUCAGUUUGAAGAUCUCCCUGUUCUGAGACGGAGAGGGAAGCAGAAAGAGAAGGACUACAAGUACACGAUUCCAAAAAGUUUGCUGACUGCGUGGAAAGUCAGCGUGGCGGAGGCCGAGGAUCUGCUCCCGGGGCGACAGAGGAGCGGCGACAGAGCACUUUUAGGGCCCGUCAACGGAGAGGAGCGCGUACCCGGCGCCGCUUCCCCGGAAAAGGCGGCCGAGACUCCCCCAGCCGGCGAGGACGCCGCCCAGCGCCCGGCGCCCGGGCUGUCCCGCAACGGAGAGGCCCGCCCCCGCAGCAAAAGCUCCAGAGGCCCAGCCAGUAAGAGCAAAGCCCUCAAGAAAAAGAAGAAGUGCUUGUCGGACAUAUUCGGACACAUGGUUGUUGCGCCGAAAGAAUCCCCCGCCGGCGCGAGCGCGAGCGGCCCGCCUCACGCAGCGGCGCCCGCGCCCACAGAGGAGGAGCUGAAGGACUCGCCCUACGCCGAUCUGGACUCGGUUCCCAUGCUGCACCGCCCCAAGCGCACGGCGGUUUCCCCGGCGCCGCGCACCGACGCGUCGGUGGGCAGGGAGGGCGGUUCGGCGAAGGCGAAGAAAUCUGGCGGAAAAGUGAGCCAACGCGCCAGAGAGUCCAGCGAGUCGUCCGGCGCUGCGGCGGGCAGACCGCCGUCCAAAGGCAAAAACCCCGGCCGGAGUCUGGGCGGCUGUCUGGAACUGUCGUUCAGUUCCAGCAAAAAUCCCUCUGUGGCUCUUCUGGCCAGCAGCGGCCUGAUGACCAGAGCUCUGAAAGCGGAGGAAGACACUGAUCUUAUAGAGGCGCUGGCCACAAGCCAAACCCCCAAACCCGCUUCCACCGCUGACUGUCCUGUUAGUAAUCUCAUCGGUGCCACCGUCAAAUCUAAACCGCCGCCUAACUCGGAAUCGCCCUCUGUGAACCGCUGCUCGCCAAAGAGGCGAGCGAGGAAGCUGGAUAAGAAACUUAUUCGGAAUGGCACGUUGCCUAAACUGAAGGACGAGGGAGCGAGUGAAUUCCUUUUGUCACCUGUUAGGAUAAAGACGGAAAACGCUGGCGCGCAUCCACCCACCAGCCCUCCCUGCCUGUCCCCGAUGGGCACGCUUCAGGAGGGGAAGGAACUCAUGUUCAAAUCUCUCGUUAAGGAGGACAGCAGCGACUCCGAGUCCACCGUGUUCAGACCCGAUUCCAAUUACAAAUUCAGUACUUUCCUGAUGCUCUUGAAGGACAUGCACGACACCCGAGAAAAAGAGGGCAAGCGCCUGGUGGUCCCGCCCUCCCCUGUCCUGAUAAAGGAGGAACCCCUGGUCAUCCCCACGUCCGCGCAGGGCGACCCCCUGAGGGGUUCCUCCCAUGACUUAUCUCUCGGGAUCAAAUUGGAGAACGGUCAGUCGGGGAAAUCUGAAGCGUUCCCGAGUAGCCCGGUGACCCCCAAGAUCAGAACUAAAGCUACGGCCACGCCGGACGGCCGUCACUGUGAGGACGUUCCCGUUCCGGACAAACAGCGCAGGAAGCAGAGACUCCCCGCCAAGCUGAAGCUCCGUAUCCCCGGCCUGUCCCUGGACCUGGCCGACAUGGCUUACGGCAGGGAGUUCGUCAGCGGCCACUCGGACCUGGCCGACCCCGGGUCGGACUCCCUCGCUGCUGCCGACCCUUCGGCCGCCGGCCCCGAUAAGAGCUGGGAGUCUGCGCUGGCCCCAAAGAAGCGCUGGCGGGCGCUGGAGGGGGCGGCGGGGACUCAGGGGGACGCUGAGCGGGAGGCGCCCGCCUGCCCCAGAGCGUCCCCGGAACACGACCCCGACGCCGACAAGCACACGGAGAAUGACUGGCACUCCUCAGACACCAGCAGCUCAGCAGGAAACUCGGAGAGCAAACGUCUCCGGAAACCAACUAAAAGGCUGCUGGAGUCAACAGAGGAGUAUGAACAAAUAUUUUCCUCAAAAAAGAGAUCAAAGAAACACGCCUCAGAGUCUCCAAAGAUGGAGGCCUCAGGGAUCACGGCCCUCCACCAGCUCAGCACCUCAGCAGAUACCGACACGUCGGCCUGGUCCUCCUCAGAGCCCACCGAGCCUCAGCUGCAGAUCCAGAUGAGUCCGUCUCAGGAUGAGCUUUCACCCAAAGCUCCGUCAGAUUCUCCAGCUGCAACACAGCCCUCAUUUGACACGGAGACAGAAGAGGAAACUGAUCUACCUCUUGGGCUUGACCGAAAAAAGCCAAGGAAACCGCCACACAAGGUGCUGGAAUGCAGCAUAGAAGAAGUGUCCGCUGCUCCUGUGAAGAGGAGGGAGCAAAAACGCCACAAUAACUUCACAUCCGAGGGGAAGGUCUUUGUCAAGAAAACUCAGCUUGCUACUGUGAAGAAGGAGAGGCCUGUACCUAAGACAGUACCUGCUGCUGCCUCCAAACAUUCGGGGAGCAGCUCUCCAGGCCCCCGGCCCUGUAAAACCCCCAAGCAGGAGGAUGAAACUGAGCCCUGCAGCACUGAAGACAAACAACAUGCACACGCUGGAGCACUAACUCCCAAAUCUGAGGUGGUGCCGGUUGGUUUAAGUGAUGGCCUCUCCUCUCAAAUUGACGUAAAGGGGAAAAUAGGGGCUACGUCUUUGAAGGAGAAUGUCUGUCAGGUGUGUGAGAGGACGGGAGACCUGCUGGUGUGUGAGGGUCACUGUUAUGGAGCCUUCCACCUGCAGUGCAUUGGCCUGUCGGAAGCUCCCAAAAGGAAGUUCCUCUGUCAGGAAUGCAACACUGGGGCACACACGUGCUUUGUGUGUAAACAGUCUGGGGACGGGGUGAGGCGCUGCAUCAUACCACUGUGUGGGAAGUUCUACCACACGGACUGCAUACUGGCAUAUUCAGCCACGCAGGCCCAUAACAAAGGCUUCCGCUGCCCCCUGCAUGUGUGUCUUUCAUGCCACAUCAGCAACCCUCUCAACAUCUGCAGCUCCAAAGGUCGGUUGGCUCGAUGUGUGCGCUGUCCUGUGGCCUAUCAUGCCAACGACAACUGCAUGGCAGCAGGCAGCCUGGUCCUGGCUAACAAUAGCUUCCUCUGUCCAAACCACUUCACUCCCCGCAAAGGAUGCAAGAACCACGAACACAUAAACGUUAGCUGGUGCUUUGUCUGCUCUGAAGGGGGCAGCUUGCUGUGCUGUGAAGCCUGUCCUGCAGCUUUCCACCGGGAAUGUUUGAAUAUGGAGAUGCCUCAGGGCAGCUGGUUCUGCAACGACUGCAAAGCUGGAAAGAAGCCACGGAUCAAAGACAUACUGUGGGUUAAAUGGGGUCGUUACAGGUGGUGGCCUGCUGAAGUCUGUCUGACCAAAGAUGUCCCCACCAACAUCCUGAGGAUGAAACACGAGGUGGGAGAGUUCCCGGUGCAGUUCUUCGGCUCCAAAGAUUUUGUGUGGACAUACCAGGCCAGAGUCUUUCCCUACAUGGAGGGCGAUACUCACAACAUUGAAAAAAUGGGCAAAGGUGCAGAUGCAGUUUACAAGAAAGCUUUGAAUGAAGCAGCAGAACGGUUCAGAGAGCUGCAGGCAGAAAAGGAAAUGAAACAGCUUCAGGAGGAUAGAAAGAAUGAUAAGAAACCACCACCCUACAGGCACAUUAAGGUCAAUCGCCCUAUUGGAAAGGUGCAGAUCAUCACUGCUGACUUGUCAGAGAUUCCACGCUGCAACUGUAAGGCAUCCGACGAAAACCCGUGUGGCGUUGACUCGGAGUGCAUCAAUCGGAUGUUGAUGUACGAGUGCCACCCACAGGUGUGCGCGGCGGGAGAGCGUUGUCAGAACCAGGCUUUCACAAAGCGCCAGUACACAGUGGUGGAGAUUUUCAGGACUCUGUCUUGUGGCUGGGGCUUACGUGGCAUCUCAGACAUAAAGAAGGGAGCUUUUGUGAGUGAAUACGUGGGGGAAGUCAUAGAUGAGGAGGAAUGUCGAGCCAGGAUCAGACACGCUCAGGAGAAUGACAUCUGUAACUUCUACAUGCUUACACUGGAUAAGGACCGAGUCAUUGAUGCUGGACCUAAAGGGAACCAGGCUCGCUUCAUGAACCACAGCUGUCAGCCAAACUGUGAGACUCAGAAGUGGACAGUGAACGGGGACACCAGGGUGGGGCUGUUUGCUCUGCAAGACAUCCCAAAAGACGUGGAGCUGACUUUCAACUAUAACCUGGAGUGUCGGGGCAACGGGAAGACGGCCUGUAAAUGUGGAGCACCCAACUGUAGCGGCUUCCUGGGUGUUCGGCCAAAGAACCAGCCACCAGCUGAGAAGAUGAAACUGAAGGAAGGGAAACGGAGGGUAUCCAUUAAGAAGAAGCCCAGACAGCAAGUAACGAAGGAGAGGGAAGAUGAGUGCUUCAGCUGUGGGGACGGAGGCCAGAUAGUGUCCUGCAAGAAGCCGGGCUGCCCGAAGGUCUAUCAUGCUGACUGCCUCAACCUGGCCAAGAGGCCAGCAGGCAAGUCCCCCGAACACACCCCUCAGACAGUGUCCCUGGAGGACUACUGCUGCAAAGUCUUUAGAAAGCCGUUUUCCCUGCCCAGUUUAAUCCCCCUUAUCUUGUCUCCAGGGCGAUGGGAGUGUCCGUGGCACCAGUGUGACGUCUGUGGCAAAGAGGCGGCUUCGUUCUGCGAGAUGUGCCCCAGCUCCUAUUGCAAGGAGCACCGAGAAGGAAUGCUCUUCAUCUCCAAGUUGGAUGGCAAGUUGUCCUGCAGUGAACAUGACCCUUGUGGGCCGAAUCCGCUGGAGCCCGGGGAGAUCCGUGAAUAUGACCCCAACGUGGCCUCCAUGAGGCCCGCGCCCAUCCCUCCCUCCCACUUGCCAGACGCCAGAGGAGCCUCCCACUACUCCCCCUCUGCAUCCAUCUCCUCCUCCGCCGGCCAGGAAGCGUCCACACGGCCGGAGCCUCCUCCUCCUCCUCGUCUCUACAUCAACACAAAGACGGCGACCUCCAGCUUCGUCCCCUCCAGCGUGCCGUACCCCCCAGACAGAGAGGAGGGGAAACCUGCCUCCACUCCCACCUCCCCCAAAGAAGAGAGGGAAGACGGAGAGGUGGAAGAUGGAGAGGUGUGUGGGUUAGACCUGGAGGAGGUGGACGACGACGAUGAUGAUGACGAUGAAGACGACGACGACGAUGAUGACGACGACGACGACGACGAAGAUGAUGAUGACGAUGAAGAAGAAGAAGAAGAGGCAGAAGAGGAGAACGAAAUGGAGAUAGUGGAAGAUGAUGAGGAGCCGCUGUACGGAGACGACCUGCUAAAAGAAAACACAGACGAUAACGAUGAUGAGGAUGACGAGGAGGGAGAGGAUGUAAAUGACACUUGGGAUGAUUGUUUGGAUGAUGAUACUGAAGAUGGAGAGGUGGACGGGGAGGACGUGGGGGAGUGGGUGAGGGUGGACGAUGAUGACAAGUGA